AUGGAACAAUGGCGUGAACGUGGAUAUGUUCCAGACUCAGACGAAGGAGACGAAUUUGAUAGCCAGGAGUUGCUCGGUGGUAUUGGUGGUGAGCCAGUGAUUGCUGAGGAUGACGGCACACAUAUUGAGGAAACCGGCUAUGAGAUUCCGCAAGGCGAUGAUGGACGAGAGGAUGGUGUCGAAGAAGGAACACAAAAGAAAGAUGAGGGUAGAGCAUUCGACAGUUCUCAGCGUACACAUGUCCCGAGUGAGGACGAUCUUGAUACCGAUCCGCUACAGGAUUAUCAAACUGUAUUGCACGCUUUUCUGAGCCCGAGCAACAGACGGAGACAGAGCCCCGAUGGCCAUGAAAACUCAGAGAAUACACUCUCUGAGCCGCAACCGCCGUCGUCCCCGGAUGAGCUACAAUUUGAGGAAUUCCGUCAGCAGCCACAAUCUACCCCUCUCGCCAAAAGGACUGAAGUGCCGGACAAUGAUAUCCCUUUUGAUAGUCUGAACUCAUCUCCAUUGUCAUCUGUACCACCACUCCUAGAGUCUCCUCGGUCUGGAGAAGCGUCAUUGGCACUACCACAAAAUGAUACGGAACUCCAGCUGCCACAACAACAGGAAACUGUUCAACUCAAUGAUGGGGACAUUGACAUGACUGAUGCUGGGCUUUUGCAAUGGCAGAACCAAAGCCGCCGGAGGGCCCUGAGACAGCGAAAUGCAAUCCAGCUGCAUCCUUAUAUGUUGGAGAACGCUCAGUAUCGAUCACUUUUGAGGAAUAGAGGUCUGCAGCCUGUACGGAUUCCUAAUAGUGAACCGCGGCCUCAAAAGGCCACAGGGGAUAGUCAAAGCUUUGAGUCUCAGGAUGAGAAUGUUCCUCCGUCAAGUAGCCCUCUGUAUCUUCCGCCUUCCUCACCUGACAUAUAUGAUCAGCCGGGUUUGAGCCAGUCACUCAGUGAUCGUGAUACAACUAGCCAGAGAGACGAGCUAAGAGAUAUAUAUGAUACCAAUUCCCGACUUCGCUCAGUCAAGCCUAGUCAGGCAGGAAAUAAACGACGUAAGCUUUCUCAUAUAAUGGAGAAUCGUCGUUCCGGAAACUCCUCCCAAAACGCAGGGGAUAGGCUCCAGGUUGUUAUAAAUACCAGCUCCAAAUCCAAACAGCAGGACGAUCUACAAGAAUUAUACGACAUCUUUGACGUACCUCCUUCUCCUCCUUCGUCUGGAGAGGGGUCUUCUGCCCUUCCAAGGGAUCCAGAUACUUUUAGAUUUCCCCCGGGAUUUACUCCUGCCCAGUCUAGGAAUCAGCUGCAGACUCCAGUAUCCGACAAAGUAACGCAAUUAGAACACCCUGAUAUCAUUUCAAGUGAUCCUCCCUCAACCGUUGAGCGUGAGGAAGAAGGUGUUACAAUUAUAGAAGAACAGCCCGUGGAUGAAUCUUCAUCUGAUAGCCCCGAAGAAGAAUCCUUUAUCAUUCGACAGAUGCAGCGACGGAUAAAGGGAGUCCUUCCUGCUUCCUUUGCUAGACUUGACCAUGGGAUGCACGAGGAGUACAAGAGACAAGCUGCUGAGAGAGAGCAUCGAAGAGUAUUGAAUCGGGAACGGAGGGCUGGCAAAGGGGUUGCACAACCCAUAUUGCGGCGGGCAAGGAUUGAAAACCAGCAGGAGGCAUCUACUCGUUCAAAUCCUUUCGACCUGUUCAGUGAUUCUGAGUCUGAGGAUGAUGGGGCGUCAACAAGAUCACAGCAGCAAAAGGAACGAGAAUUGCGCGAGCAAAAACGCCUUGAACACCAUUUUGGAUUAUUCGACAAUGACGAUGAUAUCCCGGAAGAUAAUCGAAUUGAUUAUAUGGCCCCCCCAGCCUCUCGUCGAUCAACUUCAAAGAAGUCUUCCAGGAGGGGGGAACGCAAAACCCAGUCCUCAGAACGAAUUGAUGGUGAACACAGGUCAAGCUGGCAGUCGCAGCCUCAGAGGAAACGGCAGACAAGAAUCACAGAUACCAUAGACAAUCGGCGAAAAUCACGGCCCAACAAACCUCGUGCACCGAAGCUGGGUAUCUUAGAUUCGGAGGAUGUUAGGAACCAACAUGUGAAUGCACCGCCACAAUUCUUAAGAGUUGCAGCCAGGCAAGCUCGCUCACGCAGAGAUAAGGGGCGUCGAAGCCCAUCUCGCAAGGUAUUGAAACUAGCCACAAAGGCUGAUACGCGCGAUGCAAACGCUGCAUUGCGUAACUGGAGGUCAGGAAAAUAUCAACCUGCCCCGAGUAUAACCUCCGCACGCCCGAGGACGAUACCCAAGUCUCAAACAAGUGUCCAACCUUCGUCAACCGCUUCAGAUGUUGAAACCCCGGCUGGGAACCCAGCUAGAAGGCCCAUAUCCAUACCUGGGGAAGUCGCCGAGCCCAUAAUCAUUGAUGAUGACGAUAACUCAACAGAAAAUCCAACCCGUACCAAGCCAAUUAAAAGACAGCAAAGUUUGAAAAACAGUUGGGUGGUCCAACGUCCAUAUGGCAUAUCAUCCCUUCAUAGCCAGGUUCCCCGGCCCGCGCAGCUAGAUAUUGAGGAUAUUCCUACCACCCUUCCUGAGCGGCCAUCUACAUUCCACGGUACCCUUGCAGCUCUUCGCAAGGCAUAUAAAACGUCAUCCCAACCGCCAACGUUGACAAGAUUCUUAAAUGAGCCGCAACAACUACAAUUACGACAACCUACAGUAGAAGCUCCUGCUCCUCUUCCACAAACUACCAAAGAACCAGAAAAACGCAGAAUAACCAAAAAGAAGCGCCAGCCUAAACAUAUCAAUGUUGAAACCAUUGAAUAUCGUCAACCCCCUGACUUCGAUAACGUAAUUAGUGACACAGCUUCGUUCGCACACCCAGAAGAAGAUUACCUUAUUACACUUCCUGGUUUACAUCGUCCUGAACGGCCAUACCAACUUGACUUCGAUACCCAUCCACUCUAUACUGGCACAUAUUACCACCAGUCAACAUUCAUUGGAAGUGGGAAAUUCUCUCAGUCUCUACGUCUAUCUCAAGACUUAGAUAUUGACCGUGGACAUUCCACUAUUCAACAUGUAGGCAAAAUCUACAACUGGAGUUCCUGGAAUGAGACGGUCUCUUCAGAGUUAGGAGAGGUAUUUGCUUUCAUAGCCUCUCAGACUAACUCAGGAGCAAAUGAUGCCAGAGCCAUGCCCACUUCUGCUCCGGAUCAAGUGCUAAGACUAUACCGGGAUAUUGUUUGCUAUGUUUCAGAGCAUCUGAGCUUCAUAGAUCCCAUUGAUCGUAUAAAUUUCGUUUCCAGGUGUACAGGUUUUGUUGCUCAAAUAACCGAGACGUUCAUAUCUAGCCCUGACCCUGAAGCAGGUGUAGCUGCUCUCACAUCGGGGAUUGAGAUGUUCAACCUGGUGUUCUUGAACCAAUUGUUACAAGUCUCAAAACAUGAAACCAUGGACUUGGCCAGGGCUCGGCCCGUUGUUGAGUUGAUGAAGCUCUCCGGAGAACGGAUAAUGGAUAUUAUCCUAACCCCUGUUGGUGUACGAAACAUUCAACAAUUCCUAGAGGAUAACAGAAAGCUAGAAAAACGUGAAACUGGAAUUCGAGAUGAAUAUCCGUUUGUGGAUGCACUUGUGAUCGCUCAACGCAUUCUCCAGCUGACAUCCAUUAAGGACAUGGGCGUUGAAGCUCAGUGUUUGGAUCGGGUUAUGGUUCUUGCGCAUCAUAGCAUUGAAGACCUAGAACGAGUCUGGGAAGCGAUUUUCAUAUUGCUCCCUUUCCAGGAGAUCGAUGAACUGGGGGUCUUUCGGUCUGGGCUACGAUUUCAACUACAAAAUGACCACUGGGCCGUUGUCAAACAGCUGAUUUCCAAAAUCUUGGAGUCAUACAGGUCAAACCCCAAGGAGCAAUGGAUCUUCUUAAACCAUUAUUUGCGAACCCUCCUGCAUCGUUGUUUUAUUCUCAUCAAAUUCUGGGGCUGGCGACAUUGCAAGCUUAUCCUCGAGAUGCUCUUUGAUUUUUUCACCGGAAAUUUGCUGUAUGAUCUCGAGAAAGAACCAGUACAUGGGUCUCCCUGGUUUAUUGACCAGCUUGAUUCGGACCCAGUGCUCGAAAUAGAAGCAUCCGACAGCUGCUUUCGCAUGUUCUUGAAAAUUGUCGUGGUGGGGCUCAGGUACUUGAACAGUUUACUUGAACCAAAGAAGAUUCUCAACUUAGUUUGGCGUCUGCUCCCUAAUCAUGGCCGAACGUAUCCCAAAGAGAAACCCCUACGCGUGGAAGAUUUGAAUGCGUUGAGAAACCAUCAUGAUCUUCUCUGUGCAUUGUAUUGCUGUGCGCCAAAGGGAUGUCGGCCUCACCUUACUACGAUCCAGCGUCUAGUGCAUCCUCCUACUUCUCAUAAAGAUGCAUGCAGCAUUAACAUCCACUCUUGGUCAAGGCUGGUCAGGUUUACACUGAUCAAGGAUAGAGAUACGCCAGACCUGGGCAAAUUUGCAGAAUGGCACGGCGAUUUUGUUGCAGAUAUAUUGAAGUUACACUCUCAAGCUCGGAGUGAAAUAGAAACAGAGGCCGGUUCUGCUACUUUCUUUCCUCGUCAAUACAUUGAAGGCGCCAUUGCAAAGAAUGAGAGGCACGCCGAAUCCCUAAUAAGUGAUGCUCUUGUGUGUAUGAAGUCAGCUAUCGAUGCGGCAGGAAAUGUUGAUCAGGCGGGGCUGUUAAUGGAGAAGAUGCCUCUUGGAAGGAUAUUCGGGCUUUUCAAUCCCACGGUGAAAAGGCGAGAUGGGGUAAUCUACAAGGCUUUGGAUGUUUUGAAAGCCUUCACCAAAGCUGACAAUAGAACAGCUGCUACGGUUAGUACUGUCGAGGACCCAGAUGAUCCAUUCGAAAACAAUGAUGAAAGUCAAGAUGAUUGGCUUGAUCUGUGUCAGGAGCAGCUAGAGGUCGCUAGCACCGGCUCGUCGUAUCUGAAUCGUACAAUUGCACCUGCAAUUUCUCAUUUUGUUUCGACCUGCUUUGGAGUAGAUCAGACUCCCGACGAUUCAAUCCUCGCAAAGACAAUUGAUUGCUGGCUGGCCGUUGCUCAAAUUAGGGUGAAGCAUGGUAUGCGGCAAUGGAGCAGCUACUUCAAUAGAUACGACCAAGACUCCUGGCCAGCGUUGAAGCCAACAGAUCAAACGCGCAAGUUUAUGCCGUACUUUAUUUCGCGGUUGAUUUCAAGUGAUCCAACGUCUUAUGAAGAGUGCCGGCCUCAUAUGUUGACUUACUGGGGCACCUCACUUGUGGAACGGGAGGUAUUCUUGAAAUAUCAACAUGAGUUGACGAACGCCCUGCUGAAUGAAGAUCGCAAGAACCCUCUCUUCAGAAACUUACCAUUUGCAGCCAGCGGGACAACUGGCAAAUAUGAGAUAACGUUGAUGGAUUUCUGUCAACGACGAGUUUCCCUUAUUUCCUGCGUGCUACUGAACAUGCGGGUGCACCUGCCAGAACUUCCGCCUACCCAACUCAACGCACCUAGUGGAUUCGGAGAAACAUACCAGGAGAUGAUACGGGCGAUGAUGGCGACUAUGAAACAAAAUUCCGAGGAAGUUGGAAAGGCAGUGGUACCAGGUUCUUACGUUGACUUCGUUCAUAGGAUUGUCGAGCUUCUGCAGGUACAUUCUGAAGAUAUAUAUCCGGUUGACAAGUACUUUAUGGAUCCAGCAUCAUUCCCUCUACCAGCAUCUGACCCAAACUAUGUGGUUGCCAAACUCAAGAGAUAUGCAGGACGGUUAUCCGGUGGCAGCCGGUUUGCAAAGCAGCUUGUUACUUAUAUCCAAGGUGUGUCCGAAAGAGCAGCAGUCGAUGGACAACAAAGUUAUCUUGCUGGUCAAUUCUACGAAGCCAUGUCAGAUGCGUCUGAGAGCGGAGGCUACGAGAGACCAUCUCUCCGGUGCUUUCUUUUGCAGUGCGUUAUUCCUGAAUAUGUAGUGGUGUCAGUUAGCAACCCGACGGCGUGGAUUGUAGCCCGUCCGCUUAUCCAGGCUACGACUCGCAUCUUCUCCAAUUUAGUAAUGUCUGUUGACUGCACUAAACAGGACGAGAUCGACAUUGCUAUUACCUCAAUUACAGCAUAUUUCGGCGCUGUUUACACUGCCAUGCAAUAUCCCAUCAACGAUCCAGGUCUAAUGCAAGAAUCAUCGGUGCUACUCACUCUCGCAUCCCUUUUGGAGAGCAUAAUAGCCUCUCUUGCCAUGGUGGAUUACCUCGACCGACUGGGCCAGGAAGCAGCUGACCUGUUAUCCUACAUUGAAUUUUUCGGGCAAGUCGCUUUAUUCGGACUGUCUACCCUCCUCGAUCCACCAGCUACUAGGAUCCCAUACCUCCGUGAUCUCACCAACUCACUAGAGUCUCAAAUUGCCAGCCCUCCAGCUUUCUUCACCGAGUCUCGAAACUUUGCGGCCCGUGAACUAGAAUCAUGGCUCGAAGACAACUGGGCAGUACAUGAAGGGAAGUAUUUUGUCCGACGCGGACAACAAUAUACAAAAAUUGAUGUCAACCCCGGCACGUUAUCAGUUGAGCUUGCAAAGACGGCAUUCAUACAGACCGUCCAGGCUCUUUUCGGCGCCAUAGAGACACUACAGCUUUUUUAA